GAAAAUAUCAAUUUACUUCCUUGUUGGUUUUAAAGAUCAACUAAGUCAUCAGUCAAGAUGGAGGUACCCGGAAGGAAGCGUGACCCUGACCUUGACAAGGGUUCCACUGACGCCACUGUCUACUGCCAGCCGUGUGGAGAGGGUGGUAAACGCGCCGUGGCCCAGGGCUUCUGUCAGACCUGCGAGGAGUACAUGUGCGCUCCCUGUGUCGAAUACCAUAAGAGAUUGAAGGUGACCAGGAACCACGUUCUGCUGUCCAAAGACAAGAUGCCCUCUUACUACCCGUCCACCAAGCAGUCAGCUAUCGCCGACACGGAGUAUUGUAAAAAACAUCCGAAAGAGAUGAUCAAGUUUUACUGCCCGACCCACGGAGACCUUGGCUGUGGUGACUGUGUCGUACUCGAUCACCGCAACUGUAAAGUUGAUUACAUCGCUGAUGUGGCUAAAGAAUUUGUCAUUGGAAAUCAAUUCAAAGAGCUGGAACCAUCAAUUAAACAAACUGAAGAUAUUUUCUCCGGGUACAUAAGUAAUGUGAAGGAACUUUUUGGCGAGAUCGAAAAUCAGACUAAGGAUGAGAUGGACAGACUGAAGAAGUUCCGAGCAGAAAUCAACACCUACCUGGACCGCCGCGAGAAGGAGUUGCUCGACAACCUCCAUCAUGUGAAGAACGAGGAUGAAAACUUGCUGAAAACCCUAAAAAAUGAUUGUGAAUUGACUAAAGCCGGACUUGAAGCCAUGAGGAUGGAACUAACUUCCGGUGAAGUCUCGGUGAAUCAGAGGUACGUGACGGCAAGACGAGCCCAGAAGGAGCUACGAGUGAUUCGUGACGAGUUGUGGAAGACGGCUGGUAGGAUAAAGGCCCGGAAGUUCCGGUUUACUAAGGACGCGGACUCGGAGCGGCUGCUGGGAUCGAAAACAGGCCUUGGAACGCUGGACGUGGUCGAAAAUUUGAAUAUUCCAGUUCCUGAUCUCUCUACUGUGACAUGGAGGAAUCAGGUAGACAUUGACGUCAGAACACCAGAGGACCAGUAUAUCUGCAGUAUUAGCGGCCUCGCCCUGCUGUCUCCCGGCAUCUUCCUUCUAACUGAUUCCAGAAACGAUUGUGUCAAGUUGAUGAACGUCACCACCCGCACCGUCAUGUCCCGCCUCCAAAUUACAGGGUGGCCCUGGGACGUCUGUGUGCUCCCUGAUGACCAGGCCGCCGUCACCCUGAAUAACUCAAUUAUACAGCUGUCUACAAAAGGAGGACAGUUAUCUUGUGGCAAGAAAAUUAAAGUAUCAUCUGGGUGUAGUGGUAUUGGGUAUUACAACAAUAGAUUAUACGUUUCUUACUCAUCUAACCCGCGUAUUGAAGUGAUGACAAUAGAUGGUCAUAUUAUAAGUACAUUCCAAAAAGAUGACGGUAGACAGCUUUUCCAACGCCCACUAUACCUGACAGUAUCAGCUUCCACACCACCGACACUGUACGUGUCUGACAGUAUUGCACACACCGUCCUUCAGCUGUCAUUAGACGGGAAGGUCCUGCGAGAAUACAGUAACAAGACGCUCGAAAAUCCCAAGUCCGUUGUACAGGUAGGUCCGGGUCAACUGCUCGUGUGUGGGUGGGCCAACCACAACGUGAUGCUGCUGACAGAGAGGGAUGGCAAGAUGGCGGAAAUACUUGGACGGAAUGACAAAGCGACAUGUCCCUACACGGUAGCAUUCUGUCCUUACACACGUACCAUAGUUGUCGGGACGCUCGAAACUGAAUCACUUCUGGUAUAUAAUGCAAACUGACAGAGUUUCUACAUCAUUCCUGAUUUUUCUGUCAUUGGUAGAAACAACCUUGUAUUAAAUCAUGUUUGAGCAAUUAAAUGAUAAAUACAAUAGUAUUCUUUUACAAUGUAAGCUUAUUGUAUUGAUUCAAAUUGAAAAGACAUUGUUGUUUUAUGACAUGUACAUAUAUUUGAUAAAUAUCAAGCGUAUUUUGCAGUUAUGUUUAGAAAAAUGUAGGAUAAAGAAUUAGCGUUAAUAAAGUAAUUCUAUUAUACAACUUUCCCUUAAGAAUUUUAGGUAUUACGUAAUUUUGUUUUACAUUGAAAUAAAAUCAUAUAGAAGUAUUUAAAUAGACGUAAGUGUGUUAAAUCUGACAUCGUUAAAAUAUGACUACAUUUUGGUCCAGUUGCUCAGAACUUUGCUAAAGUUAACAACGUGAUUGACAACAUCGUUGUUAACUUUCAAAUUGUUACUGCUCUGGAAGUUUAAUGAAUAAAUUUGUGAUUUGCAGUGUUCUUAACUAUAUUUGAAAUCACUGUUCCAUCUGCACCUGUUUUUUAAAUAUGGUAUUAAAUCACUAAAAAAUACGCUUAAAGUUUACAACGAUAUCGUUAUUCACGUUGUUAACUGAAAAAGUUCAGAACAAUCGGCCCUUAAAGUUAAUGAAAAAAAUAUACGAUGAAACAGGUUUUAAACAGAUAUUUGCAAGAGUAACUCGAGCCUCCUGUCAAAGUAUUUUUAUUGGAAGUUUGACGAAAUGUUAACAUGUUUUAGAAAAUGUAUGUAACAUUUUUUCUUAAUUUAGACAUGACAUGAACAUAACCAAAUAUUUCCCUUAAAUAAGUUUUAUUCUUGAAGUGUGCUGAGCUAUGAGCUGAUUUGUCUCUGUUAUUAUGUUAUAGAAUCACUGUGUAACUAUACCAGAUGUUAUUCUUAAUAAUUCAUUUUAAUAAUGUUCAUCCUGGUAUCCAUACUUGUUCCCAGACUGCAACAUUAUUGCAUACAUACAUAUAUUCAUAUCUCAUACAACGAUACUAAAGUUUAUACUUUGUUGAUAUAAUACAAAACGUAUGCUUUUCCGCACUAACAAUGUACAUACAUUUGACAUAUAUAACAUAAGUAUAUAAGUUUAGACUGAAAGUCUUCAUAAACGGUCAUUCCGUUCUACUAAUGUAGACAAAUUUUAUAUAAAAAAAAUGUUUAUAAUUAAGGAGCAAAUUGUAAAUAGCUUGCGAAAAGAAAAAUACAUUCAUUGUUGCACACACAGUUUCAAAAACCUUAAUACAUGUACAAGCUCGUAAUUUCCUUGGAGUACAGCUUUCGAUGAAGUAAACCACAUUUAAAGGUUGUGGUAAGAAGUUUCUACUUCUUGCCUUUAAGGUCAUAUUCUAGAUUGGGAGGGGGACUCUUUUUUCCAGGGAGGGGGACUUUUUCUAGUGAAAGGGAGUCAUUACUUUUACAACCAGAAAUAUGUCUUAUUUGUCAUGUUCUGUUUAACUACUUUAAAACUAGCUAACGUGUAUCGAACUUAAUUUUGCUCCUGUCAUGGAAACGGGCAAUGUCUAACUAUUACAGGGGAAUAACUAUUAUGAGCUGUAUAUUCCUCUCAAAUAAAUAAACGACUGAUAAUUAGGUGUGACAAAGGAUUUGUCUACAUCUGAAGCGACAUGCUUUCUUAAUUCAUUAGAAACUAAAUAACGGACUUCGUACAUUUACUACUUUAGUUAUUACGGAUACUAUUUAGUUAUUCCUCUCGCUGUGUUUAUGUUUUUCUAUGGAACUGAUUGUUAAACCAAUUUGUAACUGUAUGAUUGGAAGAUUGAGUGACCAUUGACUAUGUUAUAAACAUUAACGUAUUUUAUUGAUUGUGUACGCAUGGGCGUAUUGCCUAUUGUAUUCUGAAAUAAACUCUAAACUCUAUACUGCAAAUGCGUUGACAUGAAGAAAAGAUUUGACAGCGUGAAUAGAAAUACUCUGUGGUUUAAGUUGUCUUAAAUAGGAAUAAAUAGUAAAAUGGAUAGAACUGUGAGAUAUAUGUAUGCUUUUGUUAGAUCUUUAGUGAAUAUUCAGAAUUUGAUGUGAGGUGUUUUUGGUAUUAUGUAUAAUAUUUUCAUAAAUAAUGUGUUUUGAUGCAUGUUCUCCUUUAAUUUAGUAAUAUUAUAUAUUUGACGUGUUUGUAAUGCAUUCUAUAUGGAAUACAUUAAACGGUAUAUUGACUAUUGAUUACAUGUAUAACCAAGUUGAUGGAUGGUGAACUGUAUGUUUAAUCUCCGAAUAAACUAUUCUAUUCUA